UAGCAAGUAUACAUGAGAUUAGCGCAUUAUACAUUUUAUAUUGAACCAUUUACGAAUUUAUCUUAAUUAAGUAUCAAGAAAAAAAAGUUAUCAAAUUUUUAAAAAUCCAAAUAACGAUGGGUGUUGAAGUACAAAAAAUUUCACCUGGAAAUAAUGUAACAUUUCCAAAAAAUGGACAAAAUGUUGUGGUUCAUUAUACCGGAACAUUGGAAGAUGGUGUCAGAUUUGAUUCAUCAAGAGACCGCGGUCGUCCAUUUAAAUUCCGUCUUGGUCGUGGUGAAGUAAUUAAAGGCUGGGAUGUUGGCGUUGCUCAGAUGAGCCUUGGUGAGAGAGCUAGAUUAAUCUGUUCACCGGAUUUCGCAUAUGGUAGUCAUGGUCAUCCUGGAAUAAUCCCGCCAAAUGCUACACUCAUUUUUGAUGUCGAAUUAUUGGCAAUAGAAUGAAAAUAAUAAUCAUUAUAAACUAAAAAUAAAUCCACAAUCAAUGCAGAAUUGAUUAUUUCCAUUCAAA